CGUUUCAGUACAGUACUCUUCCUCGCCUAAUCUUGCUGAAGCUGAAUUUUUCUCUAAAAAUAACAUAAAAACAUGUCGUUUAAGGCAGAUUUUCGGCAAAUAUUGAAGCCCUAUUACUGGGUGAACAUUCUGCUUAGCCUUUCCUACGUUACGUGCAAGCGAACCGCACUUAUUUGCAACUUUUUGUUCCCGAGCAGUGAUUGUGAAUUGGAUACUAGAGAAACGGAAAUUCUAUUUUUCCUAAUUAUAGUCGUUAUGUUGAGAACUAGGAAGGCGGGAAGUGUUACUAUGGUGAACUAUCUAUCGUCGUCUUUCGUUUAUACUAAAAUUGCCAACUUAAUUCUUUGGUUCUACGCUGAUAUAAGAUAUGGCCUGCCCUACGGUGCGCUGCUCAUCCUGACAGCCCUGCUGCUGCCAGAACCAACAUACUCAGGCCCGGAACACAUCACAUACUUCCGUGGACCGCAGACGUUGGAGGAUGAGCUUAAACGGAACAAGCAUGUUACUUGGGUGGUAUGCGUGUACGCAGCGUGGCACCCGGCCUGCGUCAACUUCGCGCCAGUGUUCGCCGAGCUCUCAGCCAGCUAUAGCCUGGACAACUUGAAGUUUGGCAAGCUGGACGUGGGCAGAUACCCGGACGCAGCGACCAAGUACAGGGUCCAGGAUGGUCCCACCAGCAGGCAGCUGCCCACCGUGCUGCUGCUCGGAGACGGAGUGGAGAAGAUGAGGCGACCCAACGCUGAUCACUCCGGGAAACUGCUCAAGUUCCUAUUCUCAAAAGACAACGUGAAAGCGGCCUUCGACCUGGACGGUAUCUACCAGGAGUGCAAGGAAAGACUAUCCACCGCCAAGAUAUGCAAGAAGACCGAAAAGACCGAGUAGACCUAACAAAGUAGACCGAGAAGACCUAGUAGACCAGUAGAUCGAGAAGACCAGUAGACCGAGAAGACCAGUAGAGAAGAGUAGAAAUACGACCAUUUCCUUCAUUCCGCGAUUCCUGUGCUACACCCUGUUAUUUAUCACUAAAAUCCAUAGAUUACACUUUUAGAGUUGCACCACAUCUGGCAGCACCUCAUAGCACUUUCCUUUUCUGUUACUCAGAACCAUCAUUUGCUAGAGCGAGAGAAAGCGACUCCACAUUUUUGACCGUGACAAAAUUUAAGAAGACUUGCAAGAUAAUUAAAACACAUUAUAACGGGUUUUUAUCGUGAAGUAGCUUCUGCCGUUCAUAACACAAGUUUGUCUGUAAAAACCCUAAUAAGACACACACAAGGAAAGAGAGGCAGGGGAGGACCAAGAAGAGCUUACAUGGAACAGAUUAAAGAGAAGGUGAACGUCGUGUCUUAUAAGGAAGUGAAAGAAUUGACCUUUGGUAGACAAGAAUGGAGAAUGCUACACCGACGUAGCUUUAAAUUGAUGUUGAAGUCUGACAUCUGGCACCAAGACCUGUUUUUUACUUGACUUGUAGAUUCGCCUCGGAUAGCGUUCACCAUUUGCCCGGACAAGUGGGGCAUUCGAUCCUAAUGUGACGUCGGCAAAUGGGUAAUCGCCUGAGUGCAUGUGUUGUAAUGAAUCUCAUAGAAUAACGUGCAGGGAGCUAAAAAGGCCCACAUCAAAACAAUUUAUCCAAAAACGCAAUGGGUGAAUAUCAAAAUGAGCCAAGUUUGGUGGCGAACUGUCAUAUUAUGUUUUCGUGAAAAAUUGGGUUCCGACAUGAAAAAGGAUAGUUCUAGCUACGAGGAACAAGUUACCUCCAAUUUUUCACGAAAACAUAAUAUGACUGGAUUCUCUUAAAAUGCAUAAAUGGUUUUGUCAUAAUUUUAAUUAUCAUAAUCCUUUUUGCAUAACGUUUUUUAGCAUAAUAGUACUUUCCCAUAAUAACAUCUAGGAAUACUGGUUUGUUAGAUAUAACUUAUUUUUGGACUAAUAUUUGUUGGUAUAAAUUUGAUUCGCAUAUAAAUAGGUAUCCAUAAUUCUUUUUUAGAAUAAUAGUGUUUUGUCAUAAUUUUUACAAGGCAUACCAGUAGGUUAGGGUGCGGUGGGGGUGGCCCUUGGGCCACCCCUACGCCGCCAGCAUGUUUAUCUUACACACGAAAAGUAUACUGAAUGAUGACCAACAGCAUGAAAUAGAGUCAAAAAAUAUAAAAAGUCAUAAUCAUGAACCAAAUGCAGCCUAGGAAAAAAUAAGUUUCGGAAAUGUUCAAAGUUGUGCCAAAGCUUUUCUCAUUCGGAGUAUAGUUUUUAUGCUUAUAAUAAUUAUGCUUAUAUAUCAUUAUUGCCAUUAAUUAUUAUGCUUAUAGUAGUUAUGAGUUUCAAAUGUAUGCAUAAAAAGUUAUGACAAAUAAUACUAUACGUAACUAAUAAUAGGACAAGUAACAUUAUGCCAUGGUAAAUUAUUACAUAAACUUUUAUGCGUUAAAAUAGAGAACCUAUGACAGUUCGCCACCAAACUUGGCACAUUUUGAUAUUCACCCCAAUAUUGCUAUUUAACAUUUAUGUGUAUUGUGCACAUACUUUAUAUCCGUAUUUCACUAUAAGUUGACGACAUACAUACCGUAUUCCUUACGGGCUAGGCAGAUCACAAAGCACUGAAGAAAAAAUAAUGGUGCUAAUU